GUGCCGUAUACAAAUAUUUAUUUUGAUAUAUAUUUAAGAAUAUACAAAACUCGACUGGACACAUAUAACAGAAAAUGGACUAUUGAGCGAAUGAGGAUUUUUCUAUAGUUGCUAAUUAGUAAUAGAGUUUUCAGUUCCAGAUAAGCAUGGAUUCUCGAAUAGCCCUGAACGAUGCUGACUCCAUAUACCAGGCGGCCGGCUACGCCGCGUUAAGCUUCAUAUUCGUAGCGCUGGCUGCUCUACUGUUCUACGUGGCUUGCUCCAAGCGCUACAGACUAAACUGGUUCGAAAAAAACCUUUUAGAGAGGGCGCAAGACGAAGAAGUAGGACACAGCCACGAAGCACUGAUGAGUGCUGGUUGCGCUUCAGCAUGCCCUGGGCCAAGUGAUGGCAACCAGGGUGCUAGAAACGCGGACUCAUCGCCUGAUUCAUUUUGGGUGCCAAGUAGACUACAAAGACGAAGUAGUGAUGACUUACCCUCACCGGAUGAAUCAUUAGCUGGUAGCCCAGAAUCUCCUUGUUCACAUAGAUCUUUUGGUGGUGAUUCAUUACAUACUCUUGGUACUAGUACACCACCAUGUCCUCCUUGUCCACUCACCAGAAAUGACCGCCACGUAGUCUUAGCAGCAGCACCACCAUCUCGACCACGAGUUGCCUCUAUGCAGGCCAAAUUAGAUCACACUAAAAUUGAUUCUUCAAUGUACCAGCAGGAUUCUCCACCUAGAACUCCAAACAAUUCUGAGUCAAUACAAGGUUCAAUGCAUAUAACUUUGCAAUAUGAUCCUUCUGCGGGAAUACUUACCGUCAGACUUAUCGAGGCACAAGAUCUUCAAGCAAGAGAUUUUAGUGGAACUGCUGAUCCUUACGCUAAAAUUCGCUUGUUGCCUGAUCGAAACAAUGUUUGGCAAACUAGGAUACAUAAACGAACACUUAAUCCAGUUUUCGAUGAAGAUUUUGUGUUUGAAGUAUCACCUACAGCAAUUGCAUUACGCACACUUGAAGUUUUGCUCUACGAUUUUGAUGCUUAUAGCAGGCACGUCUGCAUAGGUGGAUCUCAGAUUCCCUUAUCCCAAGUAGAUUUGUCGGAACGUGUGGACAUUUGGCGUGGACUAGGCCCUUGUGAAGAUAGGGAUGCAAAAGCUGAUUUAGGAGAUUUGAUGAUAUCUAUGUCAUAUUUGCCAUCAGCUGAAAGACUUACUGUGGUGGUUAUAAAAGCUCGGAACCUUAGAGUAGUAGAUGACUCUCGAACUUCUUCAGAUCCAUUCGUGAAAGUAUCCUUACUCCACAAUGGAAAACGACUCAAGAAACGCAAAACUAGUGUCCACAGAAACACCGUGAACCCAGUAUUUAACGAAGCCCUGACCUUUGACCUAUCCCGAGAUACUCUUCGCAGGAGUACCAUUGAAUUUUGCGUCCUGCACGACAGUCUUUUGGGAGCAAGCGAGCCUUUAGGUAAGGCUACGGUAGGAACUGGAGCUGGAAGGGCUCCAGAAGAAAAGGAAUUCUUCGCUGAAAUGUUCAGGACGAAAUCGGCUACUGCUAGGUGGUUGCCUUUACAGGAUCCUAGAAAUCAGAAGGACUGAAUGAGGUAUAAAAGUCUGAAGAUUUUUCAUUCGGGAUAAAACGAGGUAAGUGGUGAAGAAAUA